CUGACCAGCCAGUCAUCCACCCAGCUGACCAGCCAGUCAUCCACCCAGCUGACCAGCCAGUCAUCCACCCAGCUUACCAGCCAGUCAUCCACCCAGCUGACCAGCCAGUCAUCCACCCAGCUAACCAGCCAGUCAUCCACCCAGCUAACCAGCCAGUCAUCCACCCAGCUAACCAGCCAGUCAUCCACCCAGCUGACCAGCCAGUCAUCCACCCAGCUGACCAGCCAGUCAUCCACCCAGCUGACCAGCCAGUCAUCCACCCAGCUUACCAGCCAGUCAUCCACCCAGCUGACCAGCCAGUCAUCCACCCAGCUAACCAGCCAGUCAUCCACCCAGCUAACCAGCCAGUCAUCCACCCAGCUAACCAGCCAGUCAUCCACCCACCUAACCAGCCUAUCAUCCACCCACCUAACCAGCCAGUCAUCCACCCAGCUAACCAGCCAGUCAUCCACCCACCUAACCAGCCUAUCAUCCACCCAGCUAACCAGCCAGUCAUCCACCCACCUAACCAGCCUAUCAUCCACCCAGCUGACCAGCCAGUCAUCCACCCAGCUAACCAGCUAGUCAUCCACCCACCUAACCAGCCUAUCAUCCACCCAGCUAACCAGCCAGUCAUCCACCCAGUUAACCAGCUAGUCAUCCACCCACCUAACCAGCCUAUCAUCCACCCACCUAACCAGCCAGUCAACCACCCACCUAACCAGCCAGUCAUCCACCCACCUAACCAGCCAGUCAUCCACCCACCUAACCAGCCAGUCAUCCACCCACCUAACCAGCCAGUCAUCCACACAGCUGACCAGCCAGUCAUCCACACAGCUAACCAGCCAGUCAUCCACACAGCUAACCAGCCAGUCAUCCACCCAGCUAACCAGCCAGUCAACCACACAGCUAACCAGCCAGUCAUCCACCCAGCUAACCAGCCAGUCAUCCACCCAGUUAACCAGCCAGUCAUCCACCCACCUAACCAGCCAGUCAUCCACCCAACUAACCACCCAACUAACCAGCCAAUUACCCACCCAACUAACCAAUCAAUCAUCCACCCCAGCUAA